AUCCCGUCCGUAUCCCGGCCAUCCACGUCUUCCAUAUGUCAGAAAACAUACCGCACAAUUGCGGGAGAACCCAUCUCAUCUCCAACUGUUAUUGACGAAAUACUGCUGGAUCAGCGAACUGCUGUAUAUCGGGACCCGGCUCUAAAUAUAUCAUGUACCGUAAAAGCCAAAGCAGCUCCACGGUUCUCGAUUCUCGCAUUGUUCCAUUCCCGGCUCAUCUCCUAUAUAUACACCCAAAACUCGAACCGUUCUCAUCAUCCAAACAAUCUUCCCUUUCCUCCUCCCGCCACGUCCCCCGCCUGAGCAGCGCUCACCACUGUCCUUCACGACACCCCAUUCUUUCUUCGCAGUCGCGGUUUUAGUACUGAUCGACUAGCCUGACAUUCUUUGCCGAACGGGAGAGGAUUCUAUAGGAUCUACUACCACUCCAACCGCAAUCAUGGUCAAAGUUACUGCAGUUGUGCUUGCGCUCUCCGUAGCCUGCGGUGCGAGCGCGUUGCCCUUUACGAAGCGCAUCGCACAGGUCAUCUCCGACUCUACAACAAAAUGGGAAGCCGCUUGCAACGCAGCAGGCGGCGGCCAGCAAUGCAAUCCCACCUCGGUGAGCGCCUUCAGCACCCUCCUCGCCGCUGCGGGGCCCUGCGACCAGCAGAACGCGGCCGACACGAUGGUCGACCUCGCCAAGCAGCUCAACAACGACGCCGACAUGAUCAAAUUUGCGCAGAUCUUCGCGCAGCAGCCGCGCAACUCCCCGACAUCGCAGAGCGUCCCGUACUGCCAGCAAGCCCCGAAGAACGCCGAGCUCAACGGGCUCUACCAGUGCCAAUACCAGUCCGCCGACAAGACGACCUUCGUUGGCGGGCUCCAGGUCGGCGCGAACGGCACGAUCCCCUUCGGCAUGAACGCCCCGCUCAACCCCGCCGGCUCGUGCCCCGCGAACCCGUCUGGCCCCAUUGCGGACGGGAGCCAGCUCACGGAUAUCACGAGCGACCCGGGUGUGGGUAACUCGACGGCGAGUGCAGGUGGUAACUCGACAAGUACGGCCAGUGCAGCGGGUAGCGCGGUCAGUGAGGGCGUGUCGAGUACGGCUGCUGCAGCUGAGGUGUCGAGUGUCGCGUCUGCAACCGCAUCCUCUGCCACAUCCGCGCCCACCGACGACUGCGACGACGGGGACGACGACGAGGAGACGUCCACUGCUGCCGCUGCUACUGGCGCCAACCUGGGCGUGCAGGCAUCCGCGACGGGGUCGGCUUCCGCUUCGGAGCCGACGGAGACAGACGACUGUGACGACGGGGAUGACGGCGAGGAAACCAGUAGCGCUGCUGUCUCUUCUGCUACUGAGACUGCUGCUGCUUCUGCCACAGAGACCGCUGCUGCGUCUGCUACAGCUGUCGCUUCCGAGAGUGCAUUGGCUUCCGAAACUGCAGCUGCCUCAGCAACUGAAUCCGCGUCCGCCUCGGAGCCCUCUGAGACGGACGGCUGCGACGAUGGAGAUGACGGCGAGGAGACGGGUACUGCGAGCGGUGCCGCCUCUGCUACUGCUAGCGCUGCUGCCUCCGCUACCGGGAGUGCAGCCGCCUCUGAGAGUGUAGCUGCCUCUGCUACUGAAAGUGCCGCUGCCGCUGCCACUGCUAGCGUGGCUGCAUCUAGCACAGCUGCCGCUUCGGAGAGCGCCGCUGCAUCCGUCACUGCCUCUGCCGCUGCCUCCACUGCGUCUUCCAGCAGCGGCGGCAGCUUCCAGCUCGCCAACGGCCAGGCCGCGCAGCAGCUGAACGCGAAGUUCCAAACCCUCACCGCCGACUCGUCGUGCAACGAGGGCGACAAUGCCUGCAUCGGCAGCAGCUUCGCGCAGUGCGUCGGCGGCAAGUACGUGACGACGGAGUGCAACACCGCCGCGGGCCUGACGUGCGCCGCGCUCCCGCUCGUGAACAGCGCGGGCACAAGCAUCACGUGCACGACGCCCGCGGACGCGCUCGCGCGGAUCGCGGCGACGGGCGCGCAGGGCGGGCUGACGGGGUCGGGGAACUGA